AUGGCCGAGAAAGGACAGCAAAUCGACUUGGGCAGUCUUUCCACCCAACAACUCACACAAGUGAAAAAGCAGCUUGAUGGAGAAGUCGAAACUCUCACAAACAGUUACCAGAAUCUGCGGAUAGCUCAGCAGAAGUUCCGCGAUUGUGUUGUGAGCAUCAAGAAGGGUGUUGCUGAGAGUGUCCAAGACAAACCUCUCCUCGUACCGCUGACAUCCUCCCUUUACGUCCCUGGCAAGCUCGCAGAUACAGAGCACGUUCUAGUGGACGUAGGCACUGGCUUCUAUGUAGAGAAGACGACAGAGGAUGCGUUGAAGUUCUACCAUGCCAAGAUCGAGGAGCUGGGCAAGAAUGUGAAGGAUCUGGAGAACAUUGUCAAUGGGAAGGCGAAUAAUCUGAGAGUGGUUGAGGAGGUGUUGAGGCAAAAGGUGUUAGCCGGGCAGCAGGGUGGCCAGGCGGGUGCUGGUGCUGCUUGA